AUGUUCUAUGGUACGGUGACCUGGGAUCCGUGGCUGAUAGUGGCUCAAAUCGCGUGCCUUCAGUGUCUGUACUAUCUCAGCCUCGGGUUGUGUCUGUCAAUUCUCGUCGGCCCCCGGGUGGCGAAGAUGAGCCUCGUGUAUAUCUUCGAUUUUGCUACGAUUACUGCCUCCUCGUUGACUGGCUGGUUUGUUAUUGCUUCCAUUGUCUUCAGCUCUAUAGCCGGAGCAGUAUUUUUAGUCUAUAUAGUGGAAAGGGCAAAGAAAUGUUUGGAUUUCUCUGCAACUCUUUACAUAAUCCACCUUCUCAUUUGCUUCUUAUACGGGGGUUGGCCCUCAUCUAUAACAUGGUGGGUUGUGAACGUUAGCAGUCUAGUUUUGAUGGCAUUGUUGGGUGAAUAUUUGUGCAUGAGGCGUGAAUUACGAGAAAUCCCAAUUGCAAGAUAUCGAUCAGUAAAUGCAGAUGUGUAA